AUGGCGGUUUCACCCACUGAAGGAGGAUCGAUUAGUACAUUGACUAAUCCAACUCAAGGCGAUGAACAAUUCAGUGCGGGUGUUCCAGUCAUUCAAGAACAAGAAGGGUGGAAGUUGCCAGAUCAUAGUGGCAUAGGCGAAGAGGAGAUUCCAGUCGUAGGAAUGAAUUUUGGUUCGUUGCCUCUCGCACAGAAAUUUUAUGCAAAUUAUGCAAAGAAAGUUGGGUUCGUUACUAAAAUCAGGAACACGAAUUUCGACAUGACGCGGAAGGAGUCAAAGAUACCGGUUAAUCAAUCUAUCUACUGCACGCGAGAAGGUUAUCGAGAGUCUAGGGUGAAUGCAGCAACUCGAGCAAACAGGAUUACAGCCACGAGAUGUAGAGCAAGGAUGUAUGUUGUCCUGGACAAGGAGAAUGAAUGUUGGGUUGUGUCUAGAUUAGAAUUGAGGCAUUCUCACCCCUGUUCGUCUAAGAAAGCUGUCCACUAUCAUGAAUACCGAGAGCUGACCAUGCAUGCUAAGUGUGUCAUUACGGAUAACGACGAGGCUGGAAUAAGGCCCAACAAGACGUAUCUAGCACUGGCAAACGAGGUUGGUGGGUCCGCAAACCUGGGUUUUUCUGAAAAGGAUGUCAGAAAUUACAUCACAUGCAAUCUCCGAUGCUCCGAUGACAAUGAGGACUUCCAGGGGAUGAUGAAUUAUUUCGUUCGAAUGAAGGAGAUCAAUCCCAACUUCUUUUAUGCAAUAGAUGUUGACGAUGCUAAUAAAUUUAGAAGCGCACUUUGGGUAGAUGCUAGGUGCAGGGCUUCUUAUGAAUACUACGGAGAUGUGGUGUCGUUUGACACCACAUACAGAAGAAACAGGCAUGGUCUGCCGUUUGCAUCCUUUGUAGGUGUAAACCACCAUGGGAAGUCCACUCUUCUUGGCUGCGCUUUACUUGGCAGCGAGGAGAUCCCUAGUUUUGAGUGGGUGUUCACGCAGUGGGUGAGAUGCGUCGGGACUGCACCAAAGGGGAUUAUCACUGACCAGUGCAAGGCGAUGACUGGUGCUAUUAGGAAUGUCCUACCUGACACUGUCCACCGAUGGUGCAUCUGGCACAUGAAGAAAUCUCAAUUCAAGCUUGGUGGAUACGCUAGGUACGGAGAACUGAGUGCAAUGAUGAGUCACAUUGUGUGGAAUUCUCCUUCGACUGAAUCAUUCGAGUCUGAUUGGGCUAGUUUCAUCAAACAUUUUAACUUAGGCAAGAACAGAUGGUUAGCAGGCAUGAGGAGUACACAGCGUAGUGAAAGUAUGCAUGCAUUUUAUGGUGGAUACCUGCAUUGCAAGAGUGGGUUGGUUCAGUUCGUCCAUGAAUAUGACAAUGUCCUUGGAACCAAAGAGCAAAAGGAGCUAGAAGAUGAUGCUGCGGACUCGAAAGGGGUCAUCCCAUGCAUAGGGAGCACGGGCAUUGAGAGACAAUUUCAGUAG